CGAUGGGGCCACCCCUUCCGGCAGCCAUGGAGCCGGAGGAGCCGGGGGAAGCGGGCUGGGGGCGGCCAGGGGGGGGCCAGCUGGGUGGCCGGGGGCUGCUGGAGCUGGCGGUGGCCAGCGGGGUGGCCGCUUGGGCCACCUGGGCCGUCCUGCUGGCGCCCGGCUUCCGGCGGGUCCCCCUGCGGCUCCAGGUACCCUACCAGCCUUCCGGCCCCCAGCAAGUGGCGAACGCCCUGGCCCUGCUGCGGGGACGCGCGGGGAAGACGGUGGACCUGGGAUCGGGAGAUGGACGGCUUGUGGUAGAGGCUUAUAAGCAAGGUCUCAGACCAGCCGUUGGCUAUGAGCUCAAUCCCUGGCUGCUGUGUCUCUCCAACUACCGGGCCUGGAAGGCUGGGUACCACGGGAAGGUUUCCUUCCUGAAGAAAGAUCUGUGGAAGGUGAAUCUUUCCGAUUGCUACAAUGUGAUCGUGUUCCUGGCCCCCAGCGUGAAACCUCCCCUAGCCGCUAAGCUCCUCGCGGAACUCCCCGAUGAAGCCCGGGUGGUGGCUGGACGCUUCCCUUUCCCCUCCUGGACCCCCAGCAGCACCCUCGGGCAGGGGCUGGAGCAGGUCUGGGCCUAUGACAUGAAGGAGGUGCGGCGAGCGGCGCGGAGCGGCGUGGGGGGAAGCCCUGUCUAACGGCAGCCUGGUUAAAGCCGGCAUUAAGGGUGGGCGUUGGUAGGGCUCAGAGCCUCUCCAGCCCUUGAGAAGGCUGCGCGGCCAGGCUUUUUCCCCGGAGACUCGCAGGGUGGUGGCCCCUCCUUGUCUUCCAAAGACGAGGGGACAAGACAAGUUUUGGGGGACGCAAAGGAGGGGAAAAUCAGACCUAGAAAUCCUGGAAUUCUCACGGGGUCGAAGGGCUCAAUCGCCAGUGCCUCUUUCUGUACGUUUGCUACUUUAUUUCUAGUUAAUUUUUCAAAAUAAACGUUUGGACGGUUCUGCCCUUGA